AUGCUUGUGCAGCAUAGAGGGAUGGAGGGGAAGAAACCAGAAGGUUUGUCGGGUGAAGUAACGAAUCAGCAUCCAUAUAAAAACAUGGAUUUUCCUGAAGUAAACAAGAAAUUACUUGGUGAACUUGAAGAAAUGGGUUUCCCAUUGGCUCGAGCAACGAGAGCACUUCAUUAUUCCGGUAACUCUAGUUUACUGGAUGCUAUUAGUUGGAUUGUUGAUCAUGAGGAUGACCCUGAAAUUGAUCAAAUGCCCUUGGUUCCAUUAAGAAUUGAAAUUGAGGGUUCCGACUCUUCUUCUUCUGUAUCACAAGAAGUAAAGCUAAAAGCACAAAAACUAAGAGAUAAAGCACGCAAAAGGAACAAGGAGGAAAAUAUGAAACUUGAACCAAGUAGAGAGAAGGAAAGAAUUCGGGCAGGAAAAGAACUUCAAGAGGCAAAGAGAAUUGCAGACGAAAACGAAAGAAAACGUUCUAUAGCCUUGAGGAAAGCAGAAAAAGAAGAAGAAAAUAGAGCACGUGAAAGAAUUCGUCAGAAACUACACCAAGACAAGGUGGAAAGAAGAGGGGGAAUCCAAAGUCAUGCAUCUCUUAAAACCACCAUACCUGUGGUGCAAGAAAAUAAGAUAUCGCCUGUUAUUACUUCUACUAGAAUCAGUGUUAAUUCAACAACAAAGAUGGAUCUCAUGAGAGACUGUUUAAGGUCCCUCAGGCGAAACAAUAAGGAAAAUGAUAUGAAAGUGAAGAGAGCUUUUGAGACUCUUUUAAUUUAUGUCAGAAAUGUUGCAAGAAAUCCCAAUGAGGAUAAAUUCAGGAAGAUCCGAUUGAGUAAUCCAGCUUUUAAGGAAAGAGUUGGGAUAUUUGAAGAAGGGGUUAAGUUUCUUGAGGUUUGUGGGUUUAAAAGAGCUGAAGGCGUCUGCUAUAACAAAUCCAUAUUUUGGACUUUUAUCAACCCAAAAAUAAUCAUGACACAUUCCACGGUGUCACACAUCCUUGGGGGCUACAUUUGGUCAAUCAAAGAAUUAAGAAAUGUAGGAGAAAUGCAUCAAAUAUGUAGUACUCAUUUAUGAGGAACAUUGUUUAUGCUUGUAUUUGCUCUGCUGUUUUGUCCAAUCAUUGUUAAAGAAGAGCCACAAGUGCAUAAACAUAAAUAAAAAUACAAGAAAAUUUAGUUG